CCACCCACCGCCGGAGCGACGAUGGAGGAGGCUGCUUGGUUCUGGGGCGUGGCGACGUGCGUCAAACUCCUCCUGGUCCCGACGUACCACAGCACCGAUUUCGAGGUGCACCGCCACUGGCUCGCCCUCACCUCCUCCCUUCCCCUCGCCCGCUGGUACUCGGACGCCUCCAGCCCCUGGACCCUCGACUACCCCCCACUUUUCGCCUACUUCGAGCUCCUCCUCUCCCUCCCCGCCUCCCUUCUCGAUCCCACCAUCGUCGACCUCGUCGCCGGCCAGAACUACGCCGCCUCCUCAGCCCUCCUCUUUCAGCGCGUCUCCGUCGCCGCCGCCGACCUCGUCCUCCUCCUCGGCGCCCACCGCCUCGCAUGCCGCCUCCCUCCCUUCCGCCGCCGCCUCGCCUUCGCCUUCCUCCUCUGGUCCCCGGCGCUCCUCAUCGUCGACCACAUCCACUUCCAGUACAACGGCUUCCUCCUCGGGAUCCUCCUCCUCUCCCUUUCUUUUCUCGCUGAAGGGCGGGAUCUAGCUGGGGGAAUAGCUUUCGCGGUCCUGAUCUGCUCCAAGCACCUCUUCUUGGUGGGCGCGCCGGUGUACUUCGUGUACCUUCUCCGGCAUUACUGCAGGGGCGGAUUCGGGAAGGCCUUGGGGAGGUUUCUGGCCGUGGGGUCGGCCGUCGGGGCCGUCUUCGCCGCGGCGUUCGGCCCAUUCUUGUACCAUGGACAGAUGCUACAGGUCCUCCAUCGUUUAUUCCCUUUUGGCAGGGGCCUGUGCCAUGCAUACUGGGCUCCCAACUUUUGGGUGUUUUAUAUAGUUCUUGACAAGAUACUUGCAUUUGUGCUUGCAAAGCUGGGAUUUGUUAUUCAGGCACCCAAAGCUUCUUUUACUGGUGGGCUAGUUGGGGAUUCCUCACCCUUUGCUGUGCUUCCUCAGGUCACUCCUGCAAUAACCUUCUUGUUGGUUAUACUUGCCAUGAGUCCUUGUCUCAUUAAGGCAUUCUUGAAGCCCCAAUCUAAACACAUAAUUAGAUGGGUGGCAUAUGCCUAUACCUGUGGUUUUAUGUUUGGUUGGCACGUUCAUGAGAAGGCAUCACUUCAUUUUACAAUCCCUCUUGCUAUAGUUGCAAUGGAGAGCCUUGAUGAUGCACGACAUUAUUUCUUACUGUCAAUAGUGUCCUGCUAUUCCCUGUUCCCUCUACUGUUUGAGCCCCAGGAAUAUCCGGUGAAAAUUUUGCUGCUCGCCGUACACUCAAUCCUCAUGUGGUUAGGCUUCUGCCAGUUCAGAAUAAGCAGGACUUCUCACCAAAGGAAAACGAGUGAUUCAAGGGGCUCCUGUGAAAAGAAUCAAAUAAUUGGAUGUGCUGGGACAUGUUAUCUUCUGGGAUUGUUUGGGGUCGAGUUAUGGGGUCAGUUAUUACACCCCUACUUUUUUGGCGACAAGCUUCCAUUUUUGCCUCUUAUGCUGGUAUCAAUAUAUUGUGCAAUGGGCAUGAUGUACUCGUGGGCAUGGCAGCUCAGACAGAUAAUAAGGUUCUGCUGAUAGAAUUUUUCCUGACAAAAGGAUUCAGGAUUGUAAUGGAUUCCAAUUGUCAAGAAAUUUUGUGUUAGUAAAUGUUAUUUUUUGAUUAAUUCUUGGAACAUGACAUCAAUUAAAUCACACUUCCUACACUUUCAAUAUUCGGAUGCUACAGUCCUCAGGAAUAAUGCUGUAGUCCUGGUCAAGCAAUAAUGUCUAUACUCUUCCAUGUGAGUUUCCUUCAGACACAAGUUGAAAGAUUCAUUUUGCUG